AUGUCAGAACAAAACUCAACAGAAAUGGCUCCUCCAAAGUUCAAAUUCACAUUUGACGAGACUGUCUCAGAAUGGAACGUCAACCACCGCGAAUGGCUCAAGACGCACAACAAAACGUGGGACUCUUUAGCAACAGGAGCCCUCGUCUUUGACGCCUCCAACCGCAUUCUCCUCCUGCAGCGUGCACCAGACGACAGCAUGCCCAAUAAGUGGGAGAUUCCCGGAGGAGCAUGUGACGAUGAGGAUGAGAGCGUUCUUUACGGCUGCGCGCGCGAGCUUUGGGAAGAAGCAGGCCUGGAAGCCACGCACAUCCGCCGCGUUAUACCUGAUAACCAGGACGGGAAGCCUGGGGCCGUGUUUACGAACCGCACCGGCAAGAGAUUCUUUUGCAAGUUUAGCUUCGAAGUGGAUGUUGUUUCGACGGACGUGAAAUUGGAUCCGAAGGAGCAUCAGGACUAUGUGUGGGCGACGGAGGAAGAGGCUCGACUACAGCGCAUGGGUGAGAGGGAGAUUCCUUUGACAAAUUCGAUUAUGGUGAGGAUAGUCGAGAUGGGGUUUGCUUUGAGGAAGGUUAGUCAGGAGCACAGGACUUGA